AUGGCCAAUAGCUGCGAGAACAAAGAAAGCACUCCUUUCCUUUUCCCCACUGAUACUAGAUCCAGAGCAACUUGCCCUUUUGCUAGCGAUGGCGAGUGGUUCUUCUUCGCAUCCCGUGACCUCAAGUACCCAUCAGGGUCCCGAUCCAACCGUGCCACAACUGCUGGGUACUGGAAGGCCACAAGGAAGGACAAGCCAGUGUACGCGCAACUAUCAGGCAGCAGCAGUGGUAAUGAUGGCAAAGGGGACCAGGCAGUCAGGCUGGGAUUCAAGAAGACUCAUGUCUUUUACAAGGAGCGAGCGCCAGGAGGGGACAAGACUGACUGGGUGAUGCAUGAGUACCGGCUGACAGAGGAUGCGCCUGAAGCUGGACCAGCUGCCACAGACAAGGCACCUGCUGUAACUGUAUCAGCCAGAUCGGAUCCAGAAGCAGCUGCUGCAUACGCACCUGCUACGCAUGAAAGCAUCACAGCUGGUGUUGAUGCAGCAAGUGGUGCUGAUAAAGACAGAAACAGCAGCAGAAAAGGAGCAAGCGAUGGUGGCACAGCAGGGGAUGGCAGCACAGCAGAGGAUGGCAGCACAGUAGGGGAUGGCAGCGCAGCAGAGGAUGGCUGCACAGCAGGGGAUGGCAGCACAGCAGGGGAUGGCAGCACAGCAGGGGAUGGCAGCACAGCAGGGGAUGGCAGCACAGCAGCAGGGAGGGCUGCCUCUACUGGGUGUGAAUCCGUGGCUCUUAAUGCAGAAAGGGAGCGGAGCAGAGCAGCAUCCAGAAAAGGAGAGGAGCAGAGAAGCUACCAGGUGACACUGGAGGGGCUGGGAGCACAGGUGGUGCUAGCGGCUCAAGUGGCGAUAGUGGUUCAGCUGGUGCGAGCGGCUCACGUGGUGCUGGUGGCUCAAAACAGCUCGCACUCUGGUCUCUCUCCUGCCCCAUUUCUCCUACCCAGUGCUGGCAGCGACAGUGUGAUGGCAGUAGGGGAUGGAGUUGCAGCAGCAGGGGUAGCUGCAGCAGCGAGAGAAGGAGUGGACCUGCUGACAUCACUCGAUGGGCUGGAGGAGCUACCAAAUAUGGAGGCCCUUUUACUGAAUGGGGAGGGAGAAUUGGGCAUGAUCAGCAGCAGCAUGGUGAGGGUUAUCAAGCAGCUUCCCAAUAGCAACACCGUGGGCGUCAUCCAACCCACUGGCAGUGGUAUUCCCAUCAGCCAACCGCCUGAGGAACUGGCACCAUUCAUAGCACUGGGACCUUCCCUGUUUACGACAAUGCAUGGUGGGUCUGAAGGCUCAUUUGCACCAGAGGACGGGCUUGAUGCGGUAAUGACUGCUUAUCAUACUGCCAACACCACCAGUAGCAUGGGAUACGAGGCCAUGUCCGCAGCAACCACUUCUUCUGAUGCAAAUGAGCCUCCAGACGUAUCGUGCAUCGGCGCGACCAAUGAAGACUCUCGUGCCAUUGAUGGGCCCAUUGAUGGUGCAAUUGAUGGUGCAAUUGAUGGUGCCAUUGAUGGUGCCAUUGAUGGUGCCAUUGAUGGUGCCAUUGAUGGUGCCAUUGAUGGUGCCAGAGAUGGUGCCAUUGAUGGUGCCAUUGAUGGACCCAUUGAUGGAUCAAUUGAUGGACCCAUUGAUGGUGCCAUUGAUGGACCCAUUGAUGGUGCCAUUGAUGGACCCAUUGAUGGUGCCAUUGAUGGACCCAUUGAUGGUGCCAUUGAUGGACCCAUUGAUGGUGCCAUUUUCACAGAUGCUGGCAGUUCCACGGAUGGUUGCAGUUGCACUGGUGGUUGUCUGAUGGGCAUGCCACUGGGAAUGGGCUGA